GCCCCAUAUUCUUUUCUGAUUUCUUCCUCAACCGCACAGUAUCUUCUCCAACCCCAAAUUCAGCGCAAGUUAUCUUCUCUCCCAUAUCUUUUGAUUUCUUCUUCAAUCGCACAGUAUCUUCUCCAGCCCCAAAUUCAGCGCCCCAAAUUCAGCGCCCCAAAUUCAGCGCAUCCAUGUUACGUUUUGGUCUACUUACACAAUUUCAUGACAGACAAUCUGCUUGGGCAGCUUCAAUUUUGCUUUACUUUCUGUGAAUCCUUCCAUUUUCAUUUCACAACCAGCAUAGUAGUCAAUUGUGCCACCGCAAAUCCGUCUCACAAAGGUAUGAUUUAUCUUUCUUACGACCGCUGCUCUGAAAUCUUCUUUUUAGAAAAGGGUUAAUCCUUCCGCACUCCAUGAUCAUUGAUCAUUGAUUAUUGAUUAUGAUUAUUAUUGAUAUUGAUUAUUGAUUUUUUUUGCUUUAACAUCUAUGAAAUUCAUUAUUUUCCUAUUUAAACACACUAACUGUAGUUUUUUUUCACACAGCAUUCAUCGUUCAUACUUCUUCUAUUCAUAAGAAAACAAACUAUGUCACCUCUGAAACUCCAUCUGACGAGUGUCAAAUUUGAAAUGCAGAAGAAAACUGCAUAUUUUUGUCGGGUUGCAAGAAAGUGGUCUAUGCCUUUCCAGAAUUGGGAGUUGGGCAUCAGAUCGGUUUAAUUUGUUUUGAUUGAUGAGGACUUGAUGUUAAUUUAGAUUCAAUUUCAUUUCGUACCAAUUAAAAUAAAGUUUUGAAAUGUUUGUUUCAACUUUGAACAAUCAUUCACUUUUAGAAGAUCAGCUUUAAGCAUCUUAAAUUGCUUUUGGAAGCACAAGGAUUUAUGAGGUUCCAAUUUAUGUUAAGUUUAGUACCAAUGCGUUGAAUAUAAAGUCUAAUAUCAUUCCACAAUAUUAAUAGCAGAUUCAAAUCUACCAAAACUAAUACACUUCAUCACUUUUUAAAAAGUGGUCUGUUGCCUGCAUAUCUAACUUAAAAUGAAAUUAAUUCAUCUUCUAGAUUCAUGCAUUCCAUUUACACAAGCAUAUGCUCUUCUAUUUUUUAUUCUUAUCUGGUGGGGUUCUUUUAUUUGUUACUCUUCCAUUUAAAGCUUUGUUCCUCUUUUUCAUCUCUUCUUUUCUACUUAUUUCUUCUUUCAUGUACACAAAAUAUAUACCCAUAAGUUGAGAAUACUAUUUAUCUUUGGUUUGGAUUCAGAAUGAUUAGCAGGAAUGAAUGACAAACUAUACCAUUGGUUUUGUUUGAAUAUGAAAAGUUAUGAUUUUUCAGAACAUAAAAGUACGUUUGAUGUAUUAUAGCUUUGUCUGCUGCUGUUGCUCAAAGCCAUAAUACAUUAGACGUACUUUUAUGCUCUGAAAAAUCAUAACUUUUCAGAUUCAAACCAAACCAAUGGUAUAGUUUGUCAUUCAUUCUUGCUAAACAUUCUGAACCCAAACCAAAGAUAAAUAAUAUUCUCAACAUAUGUGUAUAUACCGUUUGUACAUGAAAGAAGAGGAACAAAGCUUUAAAUGGAAGAGUAACAAAUAAAAGAAACCCCACCAGAUAAGAAUAAAAAAUAGAAGAACAUAUGCUUGUGUAAAUGGAAUGCAUGAACCUAGAAAAGAAAUUAAUUUUAUUUUAAGUUAGAUAUGCAGGCAGCAGGCCACUUUUUAAAAAGUGAUUAAGUGUAUUAGUUUUGGUAGAUUUGAAUCUGUUAUUAAUACUGUGGAAUGACAUUAGAUUUUAUAUUCAACGCACUGGUAUUAAACUUAACAUAAAUUGGAACCUCAUAAAGCCUCGUGCUUCCGAAAGCAAUUUAAGAUGCUUAAAGCUGAUCUUCUAAAAGUGGUUGAAUGUUCAAAGUUGAAAGAAACAUUUCAAAACUUUAUUUUAAUUGGUACGAAAUGAAAUUAGAUCUAAAUUAACAUCACCUCCUCAUCAAUCAAAACAAACUCAACCGAUCUGAUGCCCAACUUCCGAUUCUGGAAAAGCAUAGACCACUUUCUUGCAACCCGACAAAAAAUGCAGCUUUCUUCUGCAUUUCAAGUUUGACACUCGUCAGAUGGAGUUUCAGAGGGGACAUAGUUUGUUUUCUUAUGAAUAGAAGAAGUAUGAACGAUGAAUGAUGUGUGAAAAAAGAACUACGGUGAGUGUGUUUAAAUAGGAAAACAAUGAAUUUCAUAGAUGUUAAGGCAAAAAAAAAAAUCAAUAUCAAUAAUAAUCAAUGAUCAUGGAGUGCGGAAGGAUUACCCCUUUUUUAGAGAGAAAGAUUCACAGAAAGUAAAGCAAAAUUGAAGCUGCCCAAGCAGUUUGUCUGUCAUGAAAUUGCACAAGCAGACACAAACGUAAUAUUGAUGCGUUAAAUUGGGGCUGGAGAAGAUACUGUGCGAUUGAAGAAAAAAUCAAAGCAUAUGGGAGAGAAGAUAACGUGCGUUGAAUUUGGGACUGGAGAAGGUAUUGUGCGGUUGAGGUAGAAAUUGAAGAAAGAUAUUGGGCUGGAGAACGUAACGGGCGCUGAAUAGGUUGUGGUAGGUAACCGUCCAGCAAUAAUAAAAAAUAUAAAUAAUAAUAAUAUAUAUGUAUAUAUUGAGAGAGAACUGAUCAGAUCCAGCUGGAGGGACAGGAGGCGCCAUCCGAACUCCGCCGUUUGGGGCGGUUCCCGGUGGAAUUGUUUGAUGAAUUUUUUUGAAAAUGUUCCUCAUCAAGUCUAGUUUGUCCAUACCAAAUUUUAGCUCAAAAUUCGAUCGGGAAGGCAUUCAAAUCAUUUUUUGAAGUUGAUUGCGUCAAAAUAUACAUAUAAAAACGUAGUCAACUUAAAAAAAUGAUUUAAAUGCCUUCCCGAUUGAGUUUUGAGCUGAAAUUUGAAAUGAACAAACUAGACUUGAUAAAGAACAUGUUCAAAAAAUUCCACUGGAAACCUCUCCAAACGACGGAGUUUGGACGGCGGCUGGACAUGGGAGGGCUGAACUUGAUUUUUUCCGUAUAUAUCAAUGGUUUGCAGCCCUUAUUCCCACAUACAUAGAAAUAUUAUAUAAACUUCUCAUUUAACAUUUGAAUUGCUUAACAAAUUAUUGUACAUGUGUGCUACAAUGACAUUCUUUGAGUUACUUCUUUUUCUUUAUACUUUUAUAAAGUAAAUGCAUGCAUUUCUUAUAAAAUAUAUUCAUCCCCUCCUAACCAAGCAUUCCAGCUCAGCUGGUUGCACGGUUACCGUGUCAAUGAGAGGUCUCGAGUUCGAAUCCCGCUAGACAUAUAGGGGUUUGAAACUCAAUGGAGUGAGUUUUAGCCUUGAUUACUCCAGUCCCCCCAGCCCCUCCGUUAGACCCCCUGGAGUAAAUAUAUAUAGGAGAUGGUUCAAAUAAAAAGUGUUCUUCCCGUGCAAGUGGUCUUCGCUUGCACAUUUUUUUUGUUUUCGUUGCUCUUUUUCGCGGUAGCAAAAAAAAUUGGGUUAUUUACAAAACUGCCACCGUCAUUUUGGGGGAAUUUGGCCAAAAUCGCAAUAGUGAAAAAGUGCAACAGAAAGCAGGAAAAGUGCAAGCGAAACGUGAACACCACUUUUUAUUUGACAGUUUGGACGGCUGAGAUUAAUUCUCAUUUUACACGUUAAGAUGUCUUCUCAUUUGAACUCAUCCCUAUAUAUAUAUAUAUAGAGAGAGAGAGUUUGGUUCAAAUAAAAAGUACUUCCUAGGUGAAAAAUAAGAACUAAUCUUGGCCAUUGAUGUGAAGAAAUGGAUGGAAGAGAUCAAUUUUUAAUGUUGAAAUGCGGUGACAUUGUUGUAAUUAUAGAGAACUUUUAUUGAAAAUGUUGUGGCAAUGUGUAUCAGAAUAGUCAAAAAGUGCAGCCGUAGAGCACAAAAGUGCAAUACAGUACCUAAUGAAAAGUGCACAAGUUGGAAAAAUUUGACAAUCUUUUUUGACACGCAUGAGUGCUAUUUUAAUCAGUAACUAUCCACUUUAUAGUAUAAACAGUUGCACUUUUAUAAAACUGUCUCUUAUGUUUAAAGUCCAUCUUAUCCAUCCAUUUUCAAGUGAUCAAAAGCCAAGAUUUGUUCUCACUUCUCCCCAUACAAAAUGCAAAUCAAUUUCGUGCGUCCGAUUUAGGCAAAUCAAUGGCCCAAAACAGGUUCCUCACCGUUACCUUUCAUGAGUUGCGAAAGAGGAGAACGGGUAUUUUAAAACCCGUUUAGUAAUUAAGGAUAAAGAUUUCAUUUGAAUUUUUUAAAAUGGAACCGCCAUAAUACGGAAAAGGAAGGAAAUCCCUCUUGCGCAAAAUCCCCACUUAGGUUCGAACUGCCCAUGUAUAGCAAAUUAGAAAAAGGAAAGAUGCAGAGGUUGUUUAAUGCUCCAACUAGCCAAGGUCUGAGAAGCUGGAAAAUUUCCUUGAGAGUGGCGAAAGCUUCAGCGUAGACGAAGAACGUCGUUUGUGAAGAUCAACGACUGGUGAAAUUUUAUUUGCGCAAAUGGCUUCAGUUCAAGAAGAACAUGCUUUGCGACAAGCUUCUUUGGCGUGCGAAAAAGGAACUGGACAAAACCACCAAACAGUUCUACAAAAGAGAAAGAAAGCAGCACCAUGUGGGAGUAGUAUGGCAAAGAAAAAGAAGGUGAUUAAUAAGGGGAAACAAGUACAAGUGCAGCCUCUUGGAGACAAGAUUAUUGGGCUCAUGCAGUUCCGUUCUAAGUUUGAGAAACAAAAGACUUUGAGCAUGCAGCGAUUGGAAAUUAAGAGCAAAUCAAGACAUGACUUCCAAGGUACAUUUAUAGAAGACAAUUUAGGACUUGAGUUGAUGGAAAAAGAAGUAGAGAGAAGGUUAAAAAAGGAAAAUGCAAAAGUUGCUGCAACCAAGAAAUCCGGGUGCAUAUCAAGAGGCCAAUUGAAAGGAUCUAAGGUUGCUUGUGGAAAGAGAAGCACUGGUCAAGAAAGUGGUGAAAGAAGGAGGAGUGUAAGGAUAAACAAGGAGACUGAAGUGUGCAAUGAAAACGUUAAUGAUGUGGUGGUGCCUGAUACCGAAGAUGGCAGUGAGGCAGACAUUCAUGAAUGUGAGGAAGCUGGCAGUGAUGAAGAUUUUGUCAAUUUACCAAACAAGUGGUGAGAAAGGAAAAAGAGUGUGCGGGCAGACCAAAGAAGAAGUAGAAGAGGGCUGUUGUGAAUGACUUGAAGGUCCAGUACCACAACCUCUACACUAUAUCAUCACCGAAUGUGGUGAUGAAUGCUAUUUCGAAAUUGAGUAACAAACAGCGAGAACAAGUGCGUGAAGUUAGCUUUGGGGCUUUGUUAGACCUAGGAAUCAGAGAGUUGCCGUCUAAGCUUGGUUAUUGGAUUGUGGACAACUUUUACCCAAUUAGUUGUUCAUUGAAGUUAGGUAAAGGUAGGAAAAUUCACAUCACAGAAGAAGAUGUGGAGCUGGUUCUGGGAUUUCCACGCGGUGACAAAGCAGUGUUAAAGAAGGGGAAAGGAGAUAAAAGUGAAAUGCUGGAUGAGCGGAGGGCUUCUUGAGGGCUUCUUGUAUUCUCUAUCAAGGUCGAUAUAACAAGAAUUAUGAAGUUCCGCACAAAGCAUUCUCCACCUUCCUCACAUCUUAGUAUUUCACACACCACCUCUAUUGGCAAAACUUUAUCCUUUCCUCCGAAAGAAGCAAAGAUUCUCGGAUAUAUGAACUGCUCCUUCAUUAACAAUUUGAAGGACACAAAAGGAAUCAAAGAUUUAAAUUGGUGCGAAUAUGUGAUAAAGGCUCUAAUUGAGAAGAAAAGAGAAUGGGCUAAGGGAAAGGAAAAGGCAUUCACUGGCUUGCUCCUUUUCUUGAUGGUGAGUACAUUGUAUUUUAAUAUGUUUAGGUAGUUCAAUGUGCAGUUUGUGUGGUAUUUAGGUAGGGUAUAGUUUUAUAAAAGGUGUGGUGCAUGUAUUAUGUGAUUAUGCAUAUUAACGUAGUUGAAUAUGCACUUUUGUAGAAGGUGAGGUGCUUUACUUUAAGAUUGAGAAUUAAGACAGAUGAAUUAUUGAUUUUUUGAUGAAUUCGAGUUACUGAAAGUGCAUUUCGAGUUAUUAAAAGUGCAUUUUAAUGCAAUAUUAAGUAAAACUUGUGUGAUGGAAAACUAAUAUGCAAAAUGGUUAACCUAAAGAUGCAAAUCAAUGUUCACUGUGCAAACAUUAUGUGAUUAUGCAUAUUAAGGUAGUUGAAUAUAUAGUUUUAUAAAAUGUGUGGUGCAUGAAUUUAAGAUUUGUUCAUAAUACUAAUGUAUUCACUACUAGAAUAUCUGUCAUUCGCUGCUCCCUUUUUGCUGCGGUCGUAGGAAUACCCGCAGCAAAAUGUUAGAAAUUCGAACUAAUUGCGGCGGAAAGAGAAGAACCGCAGCAUUUCCUUCGAAAAUUUGUGGAGUACUUGCUGCGGUCACCACGGAACCGCAACAUUUAUUUUUUAAAUUCAAAAUUUAAUCCCGGUUUGCUGCGGGUGUUCACUGGCCACAGCAAUAACCCCUGAAGUAACCUUAUCCCUUUGCUGCGCUCAUCCUUAGUUGGCAGCCUCCAAACUCCAGAUCUGUUCGCCGCUGCAGCCUCCAAACUCCAGAUCUGUUCGCCGAUGCAGCCUCCAAACUCCAGCCUUUCCCAGCCGCAGCACGUCAACACUCCCAGACGCAGACGCUGCUCCUCCCAGUCGCAGACGUUGAACGCCACACUUCUCACCAGAUGUAGCCUUCGAACGCCGCCGAAUGCCGCUCCUCCCAGUCGCAGACGCUGAACGCCACGCCUCCCAUCAUAUGUAGCUGCGGAACGCUGCCGAACGCCGCCCCCUCCUAGUACACCCACUCCUUUGUCGGAUCAUAUUGGCUCAAUAGAGGUUUAGUUUCCAACCUUUUAUUUUUACAUUUUUUUACAAAAAUUAUUGAAUUUUAUCAAAUUUGUUGAAGAUUAGUAUAUGUAUGAAUUGAUUGAAUUAGUAUUAUUUUUGGAUGAAUUGAAUUAGUCUUCUUAGGGUUAUAGAUGCUCUACAAGCAUGUGAAGAAAAUUUGGGCCCAAAGACUCUUCAUAGGGGCGUCAAAAGAGUGAAAUUAUAGAGUAUAUGUAAUACAAUACUCCGUAUUAUCUCCUAUGUAAAUGAUUGGAAAUGAUAGGAUUCGUUUACAUAAUAUUUUGGUAAUAUCAAAAUUCAAAAUAUGAUAGUACGAUUUCAAAAUGACAGUCAAAGUCUCCUUCUUAGAGAAAAAUAGAAUGAUUAAAUUUUGAAAUUAUUCAUACAAAAAAAAAGCAAUUUUGUAUAUAAGGUUCGUUAUAAUGGUAUACAUUUCGUACAUAUACUCAAUUAGUAUUCAAUACAUAUUCUAAUUGAUACUGAUUUCAUACAUAAAUAGAAAUUAGUAUUCAUACAUAUACUAAUUGAUAUACUUGUGUUUGUGAUUUAAAAUUUAAAGGCACACACUUCCAAAAAACAGAGUGGUGACGGCAUUAUGUUAUUAUCUGUUCGAUCCACAGCCCAGCGUGACGGCCCAUCAUCAUAGACGUGGUCCAAUGUCGUGGCCCAUCCUCAUGAACAAUGCAAAGGCAAAGGGUAGUUUUUCAUUGUUUGAGCGCAAUCAAAGGCUGGCUACGUGUUUGAACCCCAAAGCUUGGCCCUCAUUGAGCCUAGCUGAGACAUACAAGUUAUUUCACGUAGGUUGGACUAUGGUCUGGGGGACUUAGUCCACCGCUGGCUUUAAGCUGCCUAUAUGUUUUGUUCUUAGUAGUGGGCAGAUUUUCUACCUUAGGUUAUACAGGCAGAUUGUAAUACACUAAUUAUUUUUUGUUAGUAUAAAUAGGUCCUAAAGGUCAUUAUUGAAACCAAUUUGAUACAUAAUCUUUUUCUUCCUGUCUUCCAGUGGACUAGUAAGCAACACAGUCUUAGUUUGUUCAGUACAGAUUAAUGCCCAAUAACUGAUGUUGUUUUUUUACUGUAAAGAUAAAUUUUUAAGAUGAAUUAGUCAUCUUAAAUUUUUAAGCAAAGAAAAGAUAGGGAAGUGGUCAUGUUUAAGAUAAAUUAGUCAUUACUGUAAUUCUGUGAUACUGUAUGUUUUUUCGAUUUCAUUAUAUACUUAAAUUUUUACUUUAUAGUUGUAAUGCAGGUACAAACAGUUUAUGGAGCUCUACACGGGUUGCAGGUUUAGUGUUUUUACUGUCUCCCUCUAAGAUGCAUACAGAGUUAAAGCAGUUUAACAAUUCAUUAUUAGGAUUAUUCCUUACCAUCAGAAGCUAAGAUGGCAUAUAAGCAAUAAUAAGGGGGAACCAGAAACCAUUAAGAGAUUAAAUAGCCAUGAAAUCCAUCAGUCCGGAAAGAAACUUUAGUAGCUUUGGCAUUCUUAGAUGGGGUGAUCUUUAACUGUGUGUGCACUUUUGUUUUUGAGUAAUGUGAUCUGGCUAUAUCUAUGAUAGAUAGUACGAUAGUAUAAGUUACCAACACAGCUGAUUACAAUGUCAAUACUAUAGAUGGAAAAGAAAAACUAUAGCCGAUAGAGAAAAUGAUAAACAAACAUGUGAGCGUUUGUCCACCUGAGCAAGUUUGUUCAAACACAAUGAACACUUAUUGUGCAAUGAAACUUUUAAAUUAACAGAGUCAAGACAGUUUAUGCUAAAAAUUGUUUGCUUUCAGUUCACAUUUUGGUCUGUUUUAAAUACAAAUGUAUUAUUAUCAGUUUAGUUGUUCAAUUUGGUAGGCUGUUUGAGGCUCACAGUAAAAAUCAUGAUGGUUUGGAAAUUGGCAAACUAGAGAAAGACAGAUUGAGAAAGGGAGACCAAAUUGAAGAAUCUUAGCCACUUUGUGAUGUUGAGAGUGACAUGGCUACCAUAGAAAUAACAAGUGGUUACAAGGGAACAAUCUCUAGCAUGCCUCAUGUUCCUGGGAACAUUAUGAAGAUACCUUCUAUCUAGAUCGAGAAGCAAUGGAUGAUGCCGGUGAAUUUGCUACAACCCUCCUGAUUUUGAAGAAGAUAAAAGAGAUGAAUUAUGUGAAAUUGAUGAUGCGUUGGACAAAUUUGUGUGAUGAUUAUUGUAAACUUUUAGUGAAAAAUAAAUUUACAAUGAUGGAAAUCUGUAUUGCAUUCAUUAUUAAUUUUGGAGAUGUAUAAUUUAAUUUUGUGGGAUGGUGUUUUUGAGUUGUGCUAAUAAAAAAUUGAGAUUUUA